UCGGGCAUCUGCGCCCUUCUGCUCCACGACGGUGAGCGGACCACGGCCCUCUACGUCGAGGCCGCGUUCUCGGGGUCCUUCCGUCCUGGGGAGCUCCUCCGCGCGAAGCCGUCAAAAACCCAGACCUUCGACGACACCGUCAUCUUCGACCACCCCGAGUGGCUGGGCGAAGUGCUGGGUUCCUGGGCUGCGGGCGCAGCGGACGACCGUGAGCUCUUCCCGCUGGAGGCCGUUAGGGUCGCCCGCCUUUUCAAGGUUGCCGCCGCCAGACUGGGCGUCGAG